ACCCGAAGUAUGUCAACAAACUCCAAACCCAUACUUUAUUCUUACUGGUCGAGUUCGUGUGCUUGGAGAGUUCGCAUAGCCUUGGCGAUUAAAAAGAUAGAGUACGAAAUCAAACCGACUUCUUUGUUGAGGACAGUGAGCGGACAUGCAUAUACCGAUGAAUAUAGGAAAGUAAAUCCCCUGCAAAAGGUUCCGUCCUUGAAGAUUGAUGGACUUACGCUGUGCGACUCGGUGGCUAUAAUGCACUACCUGGAGGAAACUCGUCCCCAACCUGCACUCCUGCCCCUAAAACCGGCAAACAGAGCAAAGGUCCGGGAGAUUGUGGAGCUUAUAUGCUCGGGCAUUCAGCCGCUGCAGAACAUUCCGGUACAGGAACUUGUAGGCAAGGAUCAGGGCCUAAAAUGGGCCCAACAUUGGAUUACCCACGGAUUUAAAGGUAUGGAACAGGUGAUCUCCCAAUCGGCGGGUAAAUUCUGUGUGGGCGAUGAGCUUACCAUGGCGGAUCUCUGUCUUGUUCCACAGGUUCGAAACGCUAUAAGAUUCAAAGUUGACCUGGGUCCAUAUCCAAAUAUAGUUCGAUUGAACCAAGAGCUGCAACUGCUGAAUGCCUUUAAAACCACUCAUCCCAGUACGCAGCCCGAUUGUCCCCCGGAAUUUAGAAAUAAAUAAACCAAUCCCUAACAG